AUGAUGAAGGACUUGUUUUCUGAAGUUCGAACGAUUAAAGAAUCACAGGCUCAGAUACUUCAACGCCAACUUGGGAAUCAAAACCCUCAGCCGGAUCUCAACGAGCAAGUAGAAAUUGGUCAUCCUGGUUCGAAUGUGUUUGUUCGACGCAGCCAAUGGGAUACAGCGAAUAGUAGGGACACGUUUCAAAGUAUGGGCGUAAGUCUAGUGAAGGCUUUGUUUCAAGAAUAUGUUUUGUUGCGAAGCAAUUUUAAAAGAGGGGCGAGCAAAAUCGACAAUAAUGCACCCCAACGCCCAAGCUCAGACAAAAACAUUUUGGCUGCAAUUAAAGAAGCUGUAAAACAAAAGUUUCCUGCCGAAUUCAAGCCGACAUUAUUUGGAAUGGCUGUUAAUAAUAUGAUGACCGAUAUGCGAAAGAAAGCCCAGAUUGCUGCUAACAUUCAGGAUCAAGAAGGAGCCAAUUGA